AUGUUUACAUUUAAACUAGUUUAUAGAUUUAGCUAAAUAGCUAAAAGAUUAUGCAAUGAAAAGGAUAUAAUAUUUCAUGUGAACUCAAAACCUUAGCAAAUUAAUGGUUUAAUGUAUUUUCCUAAUUAUGUUAAUGAAAAGGAAGCUGAAAUUCUUUCUAAUACAGUAGACAGUAAUUAAUGGUUAGUAAACAUAAGAAGAAGAUAAUAGCACUAUGGAGUUGUUUAUUAUCAUACAAGACAUAAUUUAUCUGAAAUUUAACCAGAAUCUUCAGAAAGCGAAAAAGCUCUAGAUCUUUCAGUCUUUGACUGGUUAAUUUAAAGAUUAAUAAACGAUGAAGUAUUCGAUGUUUCAUAUCCACCUAAUUAAUGUCUUGUAAAUGAAUAUGACAAUAAAGAUAAAUUAGGCUGUCAUGUUGAAAAUAUAGAAGCUUUUGGGCCAAUUAUAGCAGGAUUAAGUCUUCAUAAUCCUAGCUACCUUGCAUUAAGAGAAGUAGAAAAUAAGGAAAAUAAAGUAUAAUUAUAUUUAGAACCUAGAAGUCUUUAUGUGCUCACUUCAGAUUCUAGGUAUAAAUGGGAGCAUGGAGUUACUAAAAUGAAAGAAAUCUAUAAUCCAAUCACAUAAUAAACUAUAAUUAAAAAUGAAACAUAUAGGCGUGUGAGUCUUACUUUUCGUCAUGUUUUAUUUGAAGGGACUAAAAAAGUGAGGAAAGGAGAAGAUUCUGAAGUGCCUCCAAAUUAUUUCAAAAAAACACAGUAACUUUGA